GUGGAACGGUUGAUGGCAAUUGAAAAUGUCCAGCCUUCAUCGGAAGAAACAUAUAGAAAGAGCUGUUUUAAAACUGAAUCUAGUUCUGAUAAGAGGAAAAAUAUGUUGCUGAAAGCAUUGACAGCAACUGAGAUCAAAGUACAUUCAUCACUUGUCACUGAAGAUAGUCAAGCAGAAUCAUCAAAUUCAGACAAAGCCCUGCCUAAGAACGCUGAAGAUCAACAGAAAGGCACACCAUUCUUUGUUACACAGCCAAAGGAAGACGAUGGAGAAUUUAUAGACACGAAACAAUCUGCAGAUGGAAGAAAAUGUAUGGAAGAGAAAGAAUACAUAGAUAUAAAAGAUGAAAUGAUGAGAGAAGAUUUGUUAAAUAAAGAAGCUAGAUGUGACGAAAAUUCUUCAGCAUAUAGUCCAGUUAAAGAAAAAUACAAAGGUUAUGAAGUGCUUUUUGAUGACAAUGAUGUCAAUAGAAGGAUUAUUUCUUCUAAUGAUAAAUUAAUGAAUAUCAAUGCACUACGCCAGGCAUUGAAAACUGAGGUACCAUUCAAAAGACGUAUUCCAAAGAAUUUUACACAAGAACUUGUUCUAAAAUCAAAGGAAGUUGCUUCAAAGUCUGGAAACAGUCUUGAUGAGCGGAUCAAUAAAAUCCUACAGAAUAUCCGAGAGCAAUCAGUAUUGCAUGAAGUUAGCCUGGGUGACAUAUUCAACAAUCAAGCCUUAUACAAGGAAGAAUACAAAGAAGCCCGAAAGCUUAUAAAACAGAUCGAAAAUUACUAUGCGAAUAGUUUCUUUAACAAACGCCAACAACAAAAACUUCGAGACAAAAAUAGGCCACAAUCUUGAAUUUUCCUCCUUUGUGUUUCAUCACACUCAGAAUAAAGAGUUGAUUAAAAGGAUGUUUUAUAUCUAGUUUCCAUUCAUUUAUAUAAACACUAUUGUCUGUACACAAAUUCACAUGAAAAAAUAUCUGCAUUUGUUUUGUAAUAAAAUUUUGUUUGAUGUGAGAAA